AGAAAACUGCCAGGUGAAUUACCUCUUUUAUCGGAUAUAUAUUUUUUUUACUUGAACUACAAACAACAACAAUCCGUGCUGCUAUGUGACAAAACCAUCAGCGGUCCAUUGCGCAACUAAUUAUAGAGACCUGAACCAAUGGCAAACUUAGCACGUUAUGUGUUGAACAACCUUGUUUGAACCAAAUUCUACAGCUAAUCUGAAGAAGCGAAACUAUUUGCUAGUAUAAAGUCUUUAACAUAGUGUCGCCGCGUGAUCAUUUCUGUGAGAGUUUACGGUCGAAUGCAAAUCGCGUUCCGGGAAGUGGAAAAUUAUCUUUUUACUCUAGUAGAAUGAAGCUAGGGCUGAUAGUGAUAUGCAGCCUGAUGCUGCUGGUAAUCGUUGGUGCUUCCGCGAUAAAGUGUCCGCAUGGCAACAAAAAUGAAUGUGAAUGCGUACAGAAGGUCCUAAGGGCAUCAACUGUUCCACCAUUUGCUUUCUGCAAGAUGAAAGUUUGCGAAGAAACGUACCCAGUGGAAUUUCAACCGAUAAAGGAUGUAUGUUCGUGUAUCGACUUAGCUUCCGUAAGGCCUGAGAGGCCACCGAAAGAUGAAAAACCUCUUUUCGCGCCAGAUAUCUCGUGCGAGUGUGGAUUUAAAGAUAGUCAUCAACUGCCGAAAAAAUACUUCGCCGAUCCGGUCAGUCAGCAUCUGGCCAACAUGGCCGCUAGGAAGAAGCAAGUGUCAGUAUCGGAGGCCGAUCUGCAUUUUCAGGGACACGCCAUUAAAGUGAAACCGCUAGCGAAACCUCCACCGAACGUCAUGGAAGAACGUUUACACAAGUUUAAUGGCCAGGUGAUCGAACUGAAGCCUUCGCGUAAGAACCGUAUCUAUCAGCCCGUAUCGUCCGAAGAAGAAGAAUUUCCCUGUAACCCCAAGCAGCAAACCUAUGGGGAUAUUUGCUACGACAAAGUGAGCGAUCCGACGCCCAUGUUUGAGCAGAUAAAACCGUGCGAUAGUCCGUGCGAACUGUGCGAGGACAACAAACCUCAUAACGAGUCUGAUGAUUACGAUGAGGACGACGAGGAUGACGAGGAUGACGAGGAGGAUUACUCAAAUUAAUGCAAAGCGUACAGAUCAUGAUCUGUAAAAUAGAAGACUGAAGUUCCGAAUUUAGUAGCCCUAAGUUGACGAAACGAAAUAGUACUGACUUGAUUCUGUAAAAAGCGGUUUAUUAUUUACUGCGAAAGCAACACUCAGGACUUCAGUUCAAUACUCACUUGAGCAAUGU